GUAUUUACAGCCUUCCCCCGGAGUCUAUUCUGCAGAUAUUCAGGAUAAGUUUCGGGUUGAACCGUUGAGAUUUACUAUUGUGUUUUUAAUUUUCAGUCUUACAGGAAAAUUGCGCUAUUAGUUUGUUUAUUUUUAAUGAUCGACCCAAAGAAAUGGAGAGCCAGACAAUCAGUUGAAGUGCGGUUUGGAUGGAGUUCUAGCGAAUUAAUGGGCACCCUGUCCAAGUACUUGGGGGACUGCACUUGUCCCAUUGGGGAACCCUGAGCUGUCACUUAUAAAUAGGGAAUGAGAUCACCGCUUGCCACCAGUGUUUCUAACAAUAUAGGGCUCUCGGUACGUGUUUUCCCACGUGGUGUGGAAGCAAGUGGCAACAGUAUUCAGUCUUAGUGCCUAGUGGUAAGUGAUCAAGCAAAUGCACCUUUGGGGCACAGGAGCUGUGCAUACUCCGUUCCGGUUAUAGUCAGAGAUAGUUGUCCUGUGUGUGGUUCUAGUAUAGGUUGUUGGGUUUUGGGUUUUUCCCCCAGCAAUGUUUAAUAGAAACGAUUAAAGGGAAGGAAGAAUAGGCAAUAAGAAUUGAGUCUGACUGCAAGCCAAAAUCUGAUGCGAGGUCUUUUAGACCUGAUCAUAGUCAAUUUCAGGACUUGGCUGGCCUGAGGUGGGAAUAGGAUUGGGGAGCUGCCCUUCCCACACCAGGCUCUGUGCUUAGCCAGUGCAUUUCAGUUUUCUGGAGGGAGUUGCAGUCUAGGCCUUUCCCCUUUCCUCCAGCUAGCUAUGACCAUACUAUUCAGAAUUCCUGGCUGAGAUACCUCCAUUCUGAGGACCUUGGCCAAAGCACUUGCCCAGUGCAUCCAUCUAGACCCCAUAUUGUAAGGAUGGGUGACCUUGGCUGAGGUGCUUUUCUCCAUUUUGACUUAGGACCUUACUACUUCUAGCCCUUCCUUCCUCCUGCCCUGCCCACAGAUCCAUAAAGAUGCAGAGGCCUUUUGUUUGCGCCUCCUUUGCACUAAGAUAUUUGUGUGCAAUACACCCACCUGAUCCUCACUCACAUGGUGGUGUUCCCUUUAAGGGACCACUGGGGAACAUGCACUUCUUUUGCCUCCUGCCUACACUGUUGCAACCUCUGUGGAGUUUAAGAACACGAUGGAGCUCAUCAGAGUAUAUCACUGAAGAUUAUGAUGGCUGAAAACAAUUUUAAAAUGCUAAAGAUUCAACAGUGUGCAGUAGCCAACAAACUACCUAGAAAUAGGCCAUAUAUUUGCAAUAUUUGCUUCAAGCAUUUUGAAACACCAUCAAAAUUAGCGAGACAUUAUCUCAUUCAUACUGGUCAAAAGCCAUUUGAAUGUGAUGUGUGUCAUAAAACUUUUAGGCAACUAGUUCAUCUAGAGAGACAUCAACUAACUCAUAAUCUGCCUUUUAAAUGUAAUAUUUGUCAACGCCACUUUAAGAAUCUGAAGACAUUUGUGAAGCACCAACAACUCCACAAUGAAACCUACCAAAAUGAUGUUAAACAUGGCAGAAGAGUGUUGGAGACCAAGCAAGAAAAGCCAGUGUAUGGAAUGUAUCAUACGUUCACCACAGAGGAGAGAUGGGCAUUACUUCCAUGCUCUAAGUCUGACCCUUCGUACAGCUCUACAAAGAAAAGAAAGAGUAUUCAUGCAUGUACAAUCUGUGGCAAGAUGUUUCCAUCACAAUCCAAACUGGAUAGGCAUACACUUAUACAUACUGGUCAGAGGCCUUUUAAAUGUGUUCUGUGCAGUAAAUCUUUCCGACAGUCAACUCAUUUGAAAAUCCACCAACUCACACACUCAGAAGAAAGACCUUUUCAAUGUUGUUUUUGUCAAAAAGGAUUUAAGAUUCAAAGCAAACUUCUGAAGCAUAAGCAGAUACAUACAAGGAAUAAGACUUUUCCAACUCUUUCUUUAAAGGUGAAGAGUCCAGAAUCAUGUCCCUUGCCUAAUAAGUUCAAUGUAAAGCAGGAUGGUUUUGAAAAUGGUGACACAGGUGAAUCUGAGGAGAAUAAUCAACUUGAUAUCCACUCUAUUUAUAUUGUCCCUUUUCAAUGUCCAGAGUGUGAAGAGUGUUUUGAAUCAGAGCAGAUUCUCAAUGGACACAAGUGUUUUCCUGCCAGAGGUGGCAAAAUUCCAAGCAAGCUCAAAAGAAGCUACAACUAUAAAACUGUUGUUAAAAAAAUCUUGGCCAAGCUUAAACGUGCUGGGGGUAAGAAAUUAGAUAACUUUCGAUCUGAGAAAAAAGUAUUUAAAAACGGUUUCUUGAAAAAUUGUGAACUUAUUUCUAGUGAGCAGAACCCUGAACAAACCCAGAGAAUGUUUCUGGGUUCUUUUGGCAAUCGCGGAACAUAUAAAACAGUUGGCAAUAAAAAAAAGAAAACACUGACUUUGCCAUUUUCAUGGCAAAAGCACUUCCAGAACCAAAACAUGGGAAAAAACUUGAAAGGUAUCCUAACAACAGAAAACAUGUUAACUAUGGAUAACACAGUGAAUAAUAAAGACAUGUCUCUCUAUGGUUCACCAGGUGAGGAAUUCUUUGAUAACUGCGAAGUGCUUCCCUGUGGUUUUUCAGUUUCAAGUGAAAAUAUACAUAGUGGACAUAAGGUGUGUCCUUGUGACAAAUGUGAGAAAGUAUUUCCUUCUGUAUCCAAACUACAAAGACACUACUUAAUUCAUACCGGACAAAGGCCAUUUGGCUGUAAUGUUUGUGGGAAAUCUUUCAGACAGUCAGCUCAUUUGAAAAGACAUAAGUUAACUCAUAUUGAAAAGAUUCCCUAUAGAAGAUCUAUUUGCCAAGUUGAAUUUGACAAUUUGAACAAACUUUUCAUUCAUCCAGGUGAUAAUGUUAACUAUAAUCCUUCCCAACAAUGUCAGACUCUUGAUUUUCAAAAUUAUGAGGUCUCAGAGUCAGAUCAAAUAUCAGAAAUAAAAGUUAAGGCAGAAUCUGAGGAUUUCAUUCUUGGUACCCACUAUAGGAACAGACAGCCCUAUAUCUCUAAUGCGCUUCUGGAGUCAGAGCAGAGCCAUUACAGUCACUGCUGUAAUUAUUCAGAACAUACGGAGCGGAAUGAUGGUCUCCUUUACCAAUGCAGUGUUUGUUCUAAAAGUUUUAGAUCUCCAUCCAAACUGGAAAGACACUAUCUAAUUCACGCAGGGCAGAAGCCAUUUGAAUGCUCGGUUUGUGGCAAAACAUUCAGACAGGCUCCUCACUGGAAGAGGCAUCAACUUACUCACUUUAAGGAACGACCGCAAGAUAAAGUGGUGUCUUAAACUCGGUUAUGUAACUAACAGAAUCCCUCACACAUUUGUGGUCUCUCUGGUGAUCUUAUUUGUAAAGCCUGUAUCAUUUAAAAUAUAUUUUUAUCAAGUGGCUUGUAUUAGGUUAAAUGAUUUCAUAGGCAGUUAAUUGGCCUACAUAGAGAAAGGUAAGACACAUAGACUAUUAAUAACAAUGUUAUAGCCAAAUUAAUUUUUAGAGGGAAGUAUUUGAUUUGGUGCCAUAAAAUAAUCAUUUUAAUAUAUUUGUUGGCUAUAUGGAAAGUGUUAAUCUAUCCAAGAUGUGGUACAAAUAAUUCAGCCUUACUCAUUUUUAAAGAAGAAUUACUCCUGAAGACAUGUCAUCUCUAAGAUAUUCAAAAGACUGAGUGGCAGAAAUUGGUUUUUUACUGCAGCAAAUAGCCCUACAAUAUUUCAUGUAUUUUAUAUUUUGCAUGAAAGCAUAAUUUUGUCCACCUAUGGCUCAAAUUCUAUUGCAAAACUUAUUCUCCUAAGUUUAAAAUAUAUAAGAGCAAUAAAAGUGAAAAUGGAUGAGAAAACCAUACCAUUAAUUUCAUCAGUCUUUUAAGCUAUUUAUUCUACGACUUGAAUAGUUUCACCUUUUCCACAGGCAGUUAGAACUAGUUUUGUGCCCAGCCUGUAGUUGUCUUUCCCAAAAGAAUUUAUAAGUAAGAAGGAGACUAGGAUGCAUCUCUAUAAAUUUACCAUGUUUACUUAUCAGGUUUAUUGUCUAUGCAGUGUUAUCUUUUAAGAGGAAUAAAUGCAAUUCUUCUAUUUGGUUAUUAAUGAUUGACAGCAGUUGUUGUGGACUUAAGACUCAUCUAUAUACCUGUAACUCUACAAAAAUUAUAUAUCUGCUUUAGUAAACUCUCUUUUAAUGCCUCUUUAAGUGGUUCUAUGACUUAACUUACUCUGUUAAGUUGGAUCAGAUGGCAAUGACUAGAUCUAGUUUUUAAUUCCUGUAUGUGUUUUCAAGACUAAUGCUGAAGAAUUUUAUUUAGAUUUUUAGUGAAUUGUUACUUUAAUUAAUAAAGUAAUUAUUCCUAUAUAGGGAAAAGUUGCUUAGAGAAAAUUCAGAAUGCCAUUCUUCUGAACAAUAUUGUCAUGAUUUGGGAAAUAUUUCACCUACUCCUGAACUACAAAAGACUUAUAGUCACAAAUUAUCCUUCAUAUUUGGCAUUUUUUAAAUAAAAUCUUGAAGAAUGAUAUUUUCUAAUAAGAAAACCCAUUAUAUUUCUAAGAUGAAAAGAACAGGUAGGUAUUUAUCCUGGCACACUUAAAUAGAGUGACAAUCCCUCUACUGAGAAUGGAUAAAUGAACAUUGUGAGUUUACAUCAUUCUCCAAGAACGGUGUGGGGGCAGUGAGAAGGGGAGGUUGAUCUGCUUGCUUUUACGAGUGAAUGUUGAGAAACUUGGGUUUAAUUUACAGAGACAAAACAUGACAAUACAGAUGAAUACCAAUGUUGUAUAAAUAUUCAGGAGAAUCAUGUUUUAAAAUAAUUAUUUCUUUAGGUUUAUUUGAGAUAUAUUUCUCUAGAGUAAGUAAGAUUAUCAUUUUUAGAAUUUGCUUUGAACUUGCAGAACAUAUCUAUUACAUAAAAGCAAGAAAUAGUUCAUAUUUUCCAAAACUAAUGGUUCAAAGGUUUUUUUCCUUAAAAUGUCUGAAAAUAUUUAUUUUGGGAUUCUUAAGCUAUUUAUGUAAUUUUAUUUGAAGUAAAUAGCUUAUAUACUCCAUUCAUACCCCAAACAGAGAGAGUUCUAACAGUGUUGUGUUUCUAUGAUCAUUAGACUAUUUGCCUAAGUGAUACAUUUUCUUUUGGCCCAUGCCUUUUUAAGCUGUUUCAUAUUGAAAGUUGGAAUAUUGUAAAAAUUUUGUCAAAGAUGUACUGUAGUGCUAUUUGAAGUACCUGUAACAAAAUACAUAUUUACUUUUAAUAUCAUCGCAAGCUUCUUGUGGAAACUUUAUAGGAAUGAAAAUAAACUGUAUACAUCCAUGAUAAGAUUAAGCAUUAGCUGUUAAGUGAUGAUUUGCUGCAUGCUAAAACUUUUACUAUUGUUGAAUCAAUGACUGGUUUUCAGAAAAGAAUAAACUUUAAAGAGAAUUAGAAGAAUUUUUUGUUUGGCUGAUUCCAGACUAUAGCAUGAUAACUUACAGAAGCAGUUUGAUUGAAUGAGUUUGUGUUUCUGUUUUACACUGCAACAGAGACUACAAUUUCAAAACAAAACAUGUAUGUUGAAGGAAAGAAGAUGGUUAUUUAAAUUCCUGAAAAAGUCACAUCAGAAUAUUUUAAAAAAUAAAGUUUAAAGUUACACAGUUUGGACUUUUUUUUUUUUAAUGAAAAAAGAAAAUCGCAUAAUACUGGAACAAGGAACUGAUGGCCAGUUGCUUUCCUGGGCCCACUCCAACUGACCUACACUGAAUUUUCUAACAUGAUAUUUAAUCAUGUACUUCCUUCCUAUUAAAAUGCUUCAGUAGCUCCUUAUCGCCUACAAAAAAAUACAUUAAUUCCACUGCAUGUCAUACGAUCUUCCAGGUUUGUACUGUUAUAGAAUCAGGUCAAUGCAUAUAUUUUUCAUUUACUGCCUUCAUUUCAUCUAACUAGUA